AUGAAGUUCGCUGCUACCACCAUCGCUGCUCUCGCCGCCGUCCUUCCCAUGGCCAAUGCCUGGAUCUUCUCCACUCCCGCCGGACAAUGGGACAGCGAUGACAACCGCAGCUGCACCAAGGCUGCCGUCAAGGCUGGCGGCACGAUCGAUUGGAACAACGGCCUGUUCUCCGACUGCACUCUCCGUGUCUACAGCGACUCGUCCUGCAAAGACCAAAUCGGCAUUGCCUCCGAUGACUGGAGCGAUCACCAGCUCAGCCGGUCCAUGGGCAGCUUCCAGGUCUCCAGCUGCUAG